CAUAUUGUUUUGGAAUUUACUGCGUUCUGACCCGUUUGCGUUUAUUCAGUAGAUUUUAUUAACAAUUUUGACCCUUACACCGAUCCUGGAUUCCGAUUAUUUCCCGUGUAUUACCUGUGACAUUUGGCUUCGUUUGGACUCCGAUCAUCGUCGUAUAAAUAUUGACCUGGCAUUCUUUUUGGACCCUCUGGUUUUUGCAAGUGAUUUGGUAUCGUUGGUGCUCAGUGACUCUAGGAGACUAUUAACAAUGGCUGCAGACAGAAAAUGUUGUGUUCCCGAGUGUGGAAAAACCCGUGAGGACACUAUCUUGCACAAGUUUCCAAACCCCCAAAGGGAUAUUAGCCGCUUCCGUACAUGGACUUAUGCCAUUGGAGGCAAUAUACUGGUCUUAGAAGAUAUGUAUGUGUACAAUUAUCGCAGAGUAUGUCAUUCACAUUUUGAAGAACGUUACUGGACCAGAAGCAAAAUGUUGAGUAAAAAUGCAGUGCCCACUUUGCACUUGAAAGGUUUCAUAAUAAGAAAACCAUUGGGGGAUAUCACCAAUAAAAAGUGUCCAGCUGAACAUGGAAUUCCAGCUGAUAAUGUACAAACAGCAACAGCUUCAACAUCUGGCAUUGAUUUGAAAGCUCCUCGUGCUAAGAAGACUCUGGUGCCUAAACAAUUAAAUGUCCUUCAGAGGAAAAUUCAAAAACUGACCGAAACAAAAGCUAAAUAUGCAAGGACAAUAAAGAAAGCUUUGAAAUUAUCAGAAAACUAGAGUUUUCAAGAUGCUUUAAAGAAAUUUACUAGUUUGGCGGCAAUUUUCACUUCUAUGCAGUUCCGAGAAAUUGGAAAACACAAAAUGGCUAGACGGUUUACCCAA